CAUUAACGCACAAUCUGGAAUUGUUUCUCUUCCUCCAUAUGAUGGAGGAUGGUAUAAAUGUAUUGAUGAUGUAGCAAUUGCCGUUAAUAAAAGUUUCAGUAUUAAACUUGUUGAUGAUUCGACCCCUAUAACUUCAGGAUUUGGCGGCUACAUUAGAGGCAAUUCUUCUCUUAAACGUAUUUCUAACAUCGGUUUUGUAGUAUUUUCAUUUGUCGAUGAUAAAACUGUAACUGAACUUAAGGAUAUUAAACCUUUAAGUUCAAAAUUCUAUU